UCGAGUCGACUCGACAUCGGUUGUCUGUUGUUACCGUUGUGUCCUUGUGCGGUUGACGUGUGUGUACGUAUUUGCUCUACCUGUUGAUGUGAGUCACUGUUGUCCGACCGUUUUUGGGCAAAAUCAACACCGAAAAUGUAUUCGGGAACUACCUCUGUCUGUCACGUGCUGCCUGUUGGAUUACUCGCCUCGCAUUAAAGUCUUCACACGGUUAGGUUAGAUGAGGUUUCCGAAUAAAAUGUAAUCGCCCUUCGCCUGUGCAAAAUGCCACUUUUCUUCUACUGGGGUUUUUUCGUCGCCCUCCUAGGUCGGGCGGCCCUAGCAACAAAUAUCCACAUAUGGCCAGAUGUUCCUGAGCUUACCCUGACAUCAGGAGCUGAUCUCACAUUAAAAUGUAUAGGUGACGUGCCUGUCAAAUGGAACCAUUCUCAGUAUGACCCAAAUUUAAAUGUUGAUGUGAGUUCCUCAAUAUCUAUUUCACAAGGCUUGGAAAAUGAUAGCUAUAUUUCUUUAUUAUCGUUAAGCAGAGCCAGUUACUUAGACACGGGAUACUACUACUGUGAUCCGGUAUCUGUAGAUUUAGAAGCCGAGGAAGGAAAUUCUGCAAAAAUAUACUUAUAUAUUCAACACGAAUCACAUUUAUUAGCCGUUCCGGAGGAUUUAGUAGUAUUAUCACAAGACGAAUUUGGUAAUGUCAUCAUACCAUGUCGACCAACAGCACCAGAUGUUAAAGUAACGUUGACCAAAGACGAAGAAGAGUUGUUGUCCGGUGAUGUGUAUAACGGCAUGGAGGUACAUUACGAUAUCAAGUACGGAUAUUUACUUUAUUCCGUGACAGUACUUAGUGGUGGGUUCUACCAAUGUCGCGGCGAGCUCAAAGGCAGAGAAUCUUUCGCAUCCUACCAGCUUAAUAUUAUGUCUAAAGUAGAAAAAGUAGCUAUGCCAUUUAUAAAUAGUAGCAGUGCCCAUUCUGAACAUUUAAUUGUGGGUGAAGAUUUACACUUAAAUUGCUCAAUAAAUAUGGAUAUUGGGAUUUCAUUUACACUACAUUGGAAAGUUCCCGAUGCGAAAAAAAUAGAGAAUGGGCACGUGAUAAUUGGCAAAGAAAAGUUUUUUAGUGGUGUCAAGCAAGGUGUUAGCAAAAGUGUCGGCAGCACAUUACUCACUAUAAAAAAUGUCACUACUGAAGAUGAUGGAAAAUAUGUCUGUGAAGUUACCGUUCACUCUGGCAACAAAAACAGUGCUACAUAUACUCUAAAGGCAUUUACUCCCGAUGUUACUUAUUUGGAUUUAACCGUUCAAGGAGGUGUUUAUCAAAUUAUCCGUAGGGCUGGUUUCCGACGAGUACAGUGGAUAAUUCAAGUAUCUGCCUAUCCAAAACCCACUCUAAUAUGGAGAGAUCCCGAAGGUAAAGAAAUCGGGUUAAACCCGGACAAAAUGUAUGUCGAAAACGAUAAAAGCAUGUCCAAACUAGUCAUAAAAGAUUUACAGCUAUCAGACUCUGGUAUUUAUGAAUUAAUCGCAGAUAACGACGCACACAAGAAGCGAAUUAAUGUUACUCUUUUGGUCGAAGAUAAGCCAAUCGUGCAAAUAAACAACAACACAAUGUUUUAUGAAGUCGGUCAAAUUUAUGUUGUUGAGUGUCUCAUAGCAGGAUAUCCUUUACCUGCUGUCGAAUGGAGUUUUAAAAAUUGUCCAAAUUAUCCUGAAUGUGAAGAUUCUUUUAUGCCAAUGCCCCGAAAUAUGUAUAGAGAAACAUCAACCACAGAGACCUUUCUCAUGUCUGUCGUAAAUAUUACAGCUACUACUACUGGAAUUUUAGUAUGCAAUGCCUCAAAUGACUUUGGAAAUACUCAGCACGAUACCACAUUUUUAGUUACAGAUGUUAACAAAGGUUUGGAAAUCAAAGGACCUAAGACCAUUGUUGAAGGGGACAAUGUUAUGAUUGAAUGUGGUGCAUCCAAAUAUAUGUAUACUAAAAACAUCGAAUGGAUUCAUAGAACAACACCUAAUAACAUAAUGAAACCAAUAAACUUGAAUAAAAAUCAAUAUAUUACGAAAAACGAAACUAAAUACUCAUAUCGUUCAAACUUGACAAUAAAAAAUAUAACAAAUGUAGCUGAUGGAGAGUAUUUAUGCGUGAUUUCUGAACUAGCCAACGUAAGUGUAGUACAGAUAUUGUUUCGGGUUUCAGUACACCGCGCACAAGCUCCUAAAUUCUAUGAUUCGUCCAGUUUGAAUUCGAGCGAUUGGAAAGUAAAAACUGGCAACCCUGUACAAUGGAAAUGCUAUGUAAUCGGUAUGCCACUGCCUACCAUUACAUGGUUCAAGAAUGGUAGUCCUAUUCGUUUAAACAAAAACGAAUCCAGAGUUAUAUUAUUAGACAAAAAUCAAACACUGUUAAUACGUUUUACGGCACUCGAGGACGAAGGUGCUUACAUGUGUAAUGCAUCUAAUAGAAUAGGCAGUGUAACAUCAACCAAUACUUUAACUCUCAUAGACAAACCUCUAGAACAUGAACAUUUUGGCUUUAUCGCAGUUUGUGCCGCUUUAGCUGUACUCGUUGGUUUUUUCAUGAUUUGUUUUGCGACACAUUUGAAAAAAGAAAGAAAAUUAAAACGGGAAUUAGCCCUUGCGGGGUUGUUACAUUUUGAAAAUGGUGCUGUUGAAAGUUGGAACCCUGAUCUGGGUAUCGAAGAGCAGGCGGAACUUUUACCUUAUGACAAACGAUGGGAGUUUCCCAGAGAUAAAAUAAGAUUAGGCAAGCAACUAGGUUCUGGUGCAUUUGGUAUCGUCUACAAAGCCGAAGCAAUUGGCAUUAUCGACGAUAAUACUAGUACUACAGUUGCCGUGAAAAUGGUCAAGCCGAAUACUGAUCCUUCGUACGUGAAAGCUUUGGCGUCUGAACUCAAAAUUAUGAUCCAUCUAGGAAAACACUUGAACGUAGUCAACUUGCUUGGAGCUUAUACUGGAAAUAUAAAUAAAAGGGAGUUAAUGGUAAUUGUUGAGUAUUGUCGCUUUGGAAACAUACACGAUUACUUGUUAAAACAGAGAGACUGUUUUAUCAAUCAAAUUACACCAGAUGGUUACCUCGACUUUGACAUGAAAAUGAUAUCAAAGAAUCCCUAUUAUGUUAAUGUUCCUCAAAAAAAUAAUUCUAUACAAAAAUAUGAAGACAGCGGAACACAGAUUGGUUCCGAUGGAUAUUUAGUGCCAGAUGAAGUUGAACCGGAAUGGCGCUCAAACUAUCGAGGAGAUUAUAAAAAUCUCAACGUAAAACCUACUUGUACGCAUGAUUUAAUAUGUUGGUCGUUUCAAAUAUCCCGAGGAAUGGAGUAUUUGGCUAGUAGAAAAAUUCUACAUGGUGAUUUGGCAACGAGGAACGUUUUGCUGGCCGAAGACAAUAUUGUGAAAAUAUGCGAUUUCGGAUUUGCAAAAACAAUGUACAACGAAGAAAAUUACAAGAAAAAAUCUGCCAAAGAUCUUUUGCCAGUAAAAUGGAUGGCUAUUGAAUCACUCCGCGAUAGAGUUUUCUCUACGCAAUCCGAUGUUUGGGCUUUCGGCAUCGUACUAUGGGAAAUAUUUUCAUUGGCUGUAACACCUUAUCCUAAAAUUCAACAAUUUGAAGUACUUUUUAAUAAACUAGUCGAAGGUUACCGCAUGGAACAGCCCAAAUAUGCUAACUCGGACAUCUACAACAUAAUGUUGGACUGUUGGAAAAUGAAUCCCAUGACUAGACCGUCAUUUGAUGAAUUAGCCGAACGCCUUGGCAAUUUGUUAGAAGAUAGUACAAAGUCUCAUUAUAUGAACCUAAAUGAAGUUUACUUGAGAAUGAAUACCGAAGGUUCACAUUCAACAGACUACCUUAGUAUGUUGACUGCACCGACCUAUUUAAAUUGUUCGCCAGCAUCAGAGAAUAAUUCUCAGAUAAUAUCAGAACACUCGGAAGUCAAAGACGAUUUUGAACUGAAGCCUAUGCUUGAAAAUCCAAUAAAGUAUUCUGGGUUUGUAAACAUAACAAAACCUGCGUCUUUUUCUAACCCUCAUUAUAUUGUUGUGGACAAAUCUGACAAACGACCAUAUUUACAAUCGCCAUGUCCAAGCAUUGUAUGACUCAAUAAGAAAGCCAUAAGGUAUUUGCCAAUGUCAUAAAGCAAGAUGUUGAUGCUGUGAGCGAUAAAUGUUGAGACAUUAAAAUAAAUAAUUUCUGACGAUUGUCAAACGAUUGACUAUUCAGUGAUAUUUGAAAAACAACAAGUAUUUGACAAAUUGUUAUAACUAGUCAACAAAGGGUAACAAUUUGGCUGACUAUGAUCGUGAGUUAUUUAUGAUGUAUUUAUUACACCUAGUUAUAUCAGCUCAGAUAUGCAAACAAUAAUGUAAUUAUAAUGUAUUUGUAUACAAUGUGUGCCAAUAAUGCCAAAAUAGUAAAAUAAUAAUCAAAUUGAAUCUGUUACCCGAAAAUUGUAUAUUCUAUAUUUUAUUUGACUCCCUUGAAAUAUUUAUUUUUAUUAAUUUAUUUUCUUUGUUUUAAAAAGAAUUACUCAUUCCAUCCAUAAAUACAUGUAUUAUAUUUUAGUUUAGACUAGAUUGUAUUCAUGUUCCAUUCGUAAAUCUAGUGAAUUGCUAUAUUUCCAAAUAUUAUAUUGUGUACUGAUAAUUUAUGUAAAAAAAUAUUUAUUAAUUCUUUAUAGUAUGUUAGGUUUUAAUAUUUUUUAUUUUUGUUUUGUUUGUAUAUUAUUAUUAUUUUUCUGAAAUUAUCAAAAGUGAACAAAAGACAAUUUAUAUGUUAUUUUGUAUUAAAUAAAGUAUUUGUAAACUUUU